UUAGCUGAUUGAACCCGUGAUCGCCCACAUUCAACACUGCCGACGGAGACCCCAAGCUUGCAGUCGCUGUUUGGGGAAAAAGAUCCCCAAAAAUAUGGUGGUGAAGGAUCUGCAUUCAGGUCUAAACAGUAGACAAGUGAACAGAAUUUCAGUCAUGAUGAGGUUCGUCCUUUCCCUCCUGCUCCUGUGUGGAUGCCAAAAUAGUCUCUGCCAGCCCUCCUCAGAGGCUCAAAAGGAGGCGGCCGCCAACGACAACAGCACAGUGUUCACCAGGAUCCUGGAUGGGCUCCUCGACGGUUAUGACAACAGGCUCCGGCCGGGGCUUGGAGAAAAUGUCACAGAGAUCCAGACGAAUAUUUUUGUCACCAGCUUUGGCCCGGUGUCUGACACGGAGAUGGAAUAUACCAUAGACGUCUUCUUCCGUCAGAGCUGGAAGGACGAGCGUCUGUGCUUCAAAGGGCCCAUGGAGAUGCUGCCGUUGAACAACCUGCUGGCCAGCAACAUCUGGACCCCCGAUACCUUCUUCCUUAAUGGCAAGAAGUCUAUUGCUCAUAACAUGACCACGCCUAACAAGCUGCUGAGGCUGAAGGAUGACGGCACUUUGCUUUACACUAUGAGACUGACCAUAUCAGCAGAAUGCCCCAUGCAGCUGGAGGAUUUCCCCAUGGAUGCACACGCCUGCCCUCUCAAGUUUGGCAGCUAUGCCUAUCCGGUGUCAGAGGUGGUCUACACUUGGACUGCGGGAGCUUCUAAGCCUGUGGUGGUGGCAGAAGACGGCUCCAGACUCAACCAGUACCUUCUUAUGGGGUUAACCUUCAACACAGAGAACAUACACACAAGCAGAGGACAGUAUACAGUGAUGAUGGCCCACUUCUACCUGAAGAGGAAGAUUGGAUAUUUUGUCAUCCAGACGUAUAUGCCAUGUUUCAUGACUGUAAUCCUGUCCCAGGUGUCAUUUUGGCUAAACAGAGAAUCAGUUCCUGCAAGGACUGUCUUUGGGGUGACCACUGUGCUAACCAUGACCACCCUCAGCAUCAGUGCAAGGAACUCACUCCCUAAAGUGGCCUACGCUACAGCUAUGGAUUGGUUCAUUGCCGUCUGCUACGCCUUCGUCUUUUCUGCCCUCAUCGAGUUCGCCACGGUGAACUACUUCACCAAGAGGAGCUGGGCCUGGGACGGCAAGAAGGCUCUGGAAGCACAGCCCCCUAAGAAACGAGACCCCAUGGUGCUGUCCAAAAAACCUAACAACGUUUGCUCGGCGGGCGUCAACUACACCCCCAACCUCACCAAGGACGUGUCCAUCUCCACGAUCUCCAACACAACAUCGGUGCAGCUCCGAGCCUCGGAGACCAAGAUGGUGGACCCCAAGAAAACCUACAACAGUGUCAGCAAGAUCGACAAGAUGUCUCGGAUAGUGUUUCCUGUCCUCUUUGGAACCUUCAACCUCGUCUACUGGGCCACGUACCUUAACAGGGUACCGGUGGUGGAAGGAGUGGGGGAAGGAGUGGUGACGUCAACGUAAUCUUACUCUUUUUUUUUUUCUUCUUUUUUCUGAGUCAGACAGUUUGUGUAAGGGAUUAAGUUUGAGAGUGGGUGGACUAAAAGGAAAAGGGGUUGUUGUAAGGUCAGUGCCCUAGACGAAAAAAAAAAAUUAAUAAUGUCCGGGCUUGAAGAACAAAAACAAACUAUACUCCACUAUCUAAUUCAAGCACUUUGAAUGGAUGCAAGGCUGCAACAGAAGCCCUUUCCUGUUUUUCAUGGCCUAAAAAACUGCUCCAUCACAAAGAAACUGCUUCUAAGACUAUGUCGACGAGAGAGCGGGUGCUUUGCUUCUCUCUCAUCUAUUCUGCUGCAGUUUGCAUGACGCUCUUCUCAAAAAGAAACCAUGGACUCCUCUUUGUCUUAAAUACCGACCAUGUAUAUGUCAAUCACUGCUUAAAGUAUGGGUGCACACUCCAUUGCUACUACUUGAGGUUUUAGAUCAAAGUAACGUAGACAUUUUGAGCAAUUUUGCCUAAAUUUAAACACAUUCUUAUCAUGGAGGCUUGAAAUGCACUGAGCUUAUGCUAUAGAAAAGAAACUGCAAUAUAACAUGCAUUUGAAUUUGGAAUAUUUAUUUAAAAAAAUUACUUAAUUCCACA